UUUAGGUUACCUAGAAUUCUCACGUGUCGGAAUAGUUUUGUGUAAAUCCUUGGAUUUCGAAUCGUUUUUCACAUUUUUCUGUUAUCUUUCCCGCAUUCCAGCGAAUCAAGUUCUCAUAAAGAUAAGUGAGAUUCAGUUAGUCAGUGCACGUGCCAUAAAAUUUGUGUUUUCCAUGGACCUUUUUUCCCCACAGCCAAUUUUAACUUUUUUUCUACUGAACCUUUUAUAAUUCUUCAUCUGUUUGUUCCCAAGUUUCAAUAAUGAUUGUUAAAGCAGAAAAAGACUCAAUUUCACAUACUUAAGUUUCUGUCGUUCCACACAUGGAAACCCUGUAUCCGUAAGCGUUCUAAUUUCAAUACAAAAAUGCUACAAAUCGACAGUCUGAACUCGAAACUGACGCAGAUACAUCUCCAAAAUACUGGACUCAGUGGCACGGAAAGUGAAAACGAUUCAGUAUGUGAAACAGCUUCCCUCACUACCUUCCCGGAGUCAUACGCUUUAAAAAAUGAAGAGGCUGCCUCUCUAAAACAAAAUUAUAUUCUUCACAUGAGUGUUGCCCGAGAGAACUCAGAGGCUAAAGUGGCAUUAUCGACCUCAAAUCAUUCUUGCAUAGUGUAUCAAGUAGGUGAACAAAUUGCUCAACUAACCAGUUUAAAUGACCACGAUAAGGCAGUUUCAAAUGUUCGCAUAUCUUCGCAGAAUACCAAUUUAGUUUUCUCCGGCUCUCUGGACGGAACCAUCAAACUGUGGGAUCUGAGACGAAGUAGCAAGUGCGUUAAAACGUUCCAAGAUGACACCAGAGGUGACGACAAGUUGAAGCCAAUCACCAGUUUUGACAUUAAUUGUGAUAAUCGCGUUCUCUGUGCCGGUACCGAGUUGGUUGACGGUGAUGCGUUCCUUCUCUUCUGGGAUAUCCGAACAACAAAUUUGCUAGGAGGUUACUGGGAAUCGCACACCGAUGAUGUGACUCAAAUAUGUUUUCAUCCAUCUCAAACCAAUGUUUUGGUCAGUGGGUCUUCCGACGGUCUAAUAAACGUUUUUGAUAUCAAUGAAACCAAUGAAUCAGCUGCACUGCAAAAUUGCUUGAACACUCAAUCAUGUGUAGAGAAACUGUCUUGGAUCAAAAGUAGGGAAGGAGAGGAACUAGACAUUUCGUGCAUUACAUCAACAGUAGACUUGCAACUGUGGUCCUUAGAAGGUGCCUCUCCGUAUCUGGCCAUUGACAGAGACACUAUCGGCAAGGGUAUGUCAAAUUCUAGUGACGACUGCUAUCUCGUAGAUGUGCACCAGUUCAGUUUUACGCAAGAUUUAAUGUUAUUAGGUGGGUGCACUCUAGGAAAUGGAGAUAAUCUACAGUCACUCAAGCUAUCACAUGAUUCAAAAAUCAAACCAAUGGCUAAUUUUGUUGGUAAUAAGCAGAUUGUUCGAUGCAGUUGGCACAACCCCGAUACAGGAGUUCUCUUCACAGCAGGUGAGGCAAGUAUUUUAAGUGUGUGGAAACCAAGUGUGACGGAAGAUUUAAAAUCGACUGUAAAACCAAUGAAAAAGGAACGAAAACGUAAACCUACCCCGUACUGAGUUUUUAAAGGUUAUACGUCUUCCCAUGUGUGUUACAGUUCAAAUACUGUCCAUUUGUUAAAAAUUUUGUCUUGUUUGUAUACAUUUUUAUCACCUCCUAUUAAAAUUUUGUAAUUAUGUAUCAUUGAAGUAUAUUAUAAUGCCAUGUAAAUUGAAAAUUAUUUAACCGAGCAUGUGAUUUUCUAGCUGUAAGAUUUGAAGUAAAUAAAAAACAAUAUUUUUCCUGUU